UUGUGAACUUAUGAUUGAUUCAUUAAAUAAAAGUCCUUAAUAUAAAGUGGUUUGUAUAAAGUGGUACGUGUGCUGGACGCCAGCUUCGUACAGCGAGACCAUCGUCUUUCAAAGCUAAGUAUAUGUAUUUAAAAGAGGACUGGUUAGUCCCAUGCACAUAUUUUCAUAUAUUUAUUUAUCUAGCUGUGUUACUGGCAGAGGGUGUGCUUGCAUAUGUUCAGGACAGGUCGGAGAUGCGUCUGCCGGCUUGUGCCUAGCCUCAUAUAGAAAAUGGUCUAGAAGCACCAAUAGGCGUGGGGUGCUUAGUUGCGACUAAGCACCAAUAUCCCUUCACGAGGGACAAGUACACCCCCAACUAAUGCCAAUAUAUAGAUGUAUCUGGUUGAGGCCAGGAUACAUAUACGUUGUGGAUCUGAAUGGUUAGCGACUAGCGCGGCUAGGCAUGCGAACACUCUUUAAGUGUGCCAAGGGAUCGAUAUAGAUGUAUCUGGUUGCGACUGGGAUACAUAUAUAUACCUUUAGGGCUGUGGAUCCGACUGGUUGCGGCUGGCGCGGCUAGGUUGCGACACAGAUAGAACUGUGUGCCUUCAGAUCCGUAUAUAGAUGUGACUGGUUGCGACCAGGUCACAGCACCCCUUAUCUGGUGCAAAGGUUUAACUUAUGAGACUUUCUGAGACAUAUAGAAUUGUGACUAUCUUAUGCAGACUUGCAUACCUAUAUAUAUGUAUAUUUGAGUCCUGCGGGACAAUGUGGUAUCUUACUAUGAAUAUGAAUUUCUGGCUAUCUAUCCCUACAUAUACCUACCUACAUGUUACAAUGUUCUACAUUUGCCUUGAGAUAUUAUAUAUGUGUUAUAAUAUGAUAGGCUAGGGAUAAUUUAGUGACCCAUGGUCAUAAAUCUACUUUCUACACAGGUGGUGGCAUAUGAUCAGGUUAGAGCUGGCAGCUACACUUGGAGCUCAUGAACGGGGAAAAAUACUCCAUACACAUCAUUAUAAUAAGGUAUGAACCACAUUAUUCACAGAUUAACUGACCUCUCUCCCAAUAAUAUAAGCGAAGCAAAAAUGAGUUCUUUAAGAUGCAAGUAUACAUGUCAAGUUGAUAGUAGACUCAUAUUUCAUUUAAUAAGGUCUUAGAAUCUUAAGUAACUUGAAUUCAGGCAAUCUAUUUAUUUUAGCAUUUUGUAUCAACGUCGGUACAAAAAUUGGUGGAAGAGUGUCUUGGAUAUGAUUCAGACCCACAUAAAUUCAUGAAAUUAUCUUAUAAAUCAUUUACCAAAUCUGUACUAAAAUAUACAAAGAAAUGGUAAAAUAAACUGAUCAAAACAUACUAAGACAUGUUCAAGUGUGCAUUAUCUAAAAUUACUGCAUGAAUAAUCAUGAUUAAUUGUAGUAUUUGUAAUAAUAAAAUACAAAUUCUUAAGAGGUCAAAGGUCACCCUGUGGAUAGUGUUGUUCAUACAUGUGCUGCCACCUAUAAUUGACAUAAUUAUCGUACAUCUAAAUUGUUUGUUUAUUGCUAAUGAUUGCUAAACGAUUUUGAACUUUACAGGAUGAAUAUUGCGUUUGAUUCGUUUUACCGAAUUUAUUUCGCGAAAGCCGUAUUUACGAUAUCACGACUUUGAAUAUUAUGUAAUAAACAAAUUACGAAUUUAUGAUUCAAAAUAUUAAUCUGAAUUAGCAUUUUUUAUGAGUUUUAUGACUAAAAAUUAAAUACGACUUGAUGAUUCAAUUUCUCGCGCCAUUUUUUCAUAUGUGUGGCGCGGGCUUGGCGCCAGCGUAUUUCCGUCAUAGAAGUAGCAUCCUAUAGAAGUGGUGUGCGCGUGCCUCCAUGAGAGACAAAACAUACGCAAUGCGACAAUAUUAAAAACACGUUUUAACAUUCCUGACAAUAUACCAAAAACAAUCUACGUAAUUCGGUCAUUUGGCCACUUCCCCGUGUCUUCUCUAUGUUAUUAUACCUCUAUGAUUCCCGUAGUUCGUUCGUUUUCGCAAGAUGGCGGAACAAGUUCAAGAACUGAAGAAAGUUUUAACGAGUGUUUUGUUAUUUGAUUGUUGUGCAGUGUUUUGUUAAUAAAAGUGAAAAUAACAAAGGUGAGUACAUUGUGAUUGUGUGAAAUUUUGAGGAAGUGAAUUAAUCGAGAACGUGACAGGUAAAAACCUAUGCGGUAUAGGAUCCACUUUGAAUCAUCGAUUUUAAUUAUCGAUCUAUAUAAUUUCGUUUUAUGUGAAUUAAACAAAGCCUGUACAAGGAUUAUUAGGCAUCCUGUGUGAUUGUGAGCGAAUACACUAUUAUAACAAAGAAAUAGUCACGCAAUUACUUCGUUACAAGAAGUAACGCCAUUACGACGCGUAAAUAAAUAAAAACGUGAGUGCUUACCCACGGGAUCAUAGAUACAGUGAUAAUUUACGUAAUAAUUAGAUAUUUAAGUGAUCUUACUUGAAAGAAAUAUGACUUAUUUCUAUGCGACUUGACACGUUACUAUUAUUACUAUUUAAAAAAUGCGUAAGCACUAAUUCGUAUACUUGAGAGGAAUUAGGUACUUAUAUCGUUGGGUCAGAGGCUAUAUAUACUCAGAAUAAUUGUUUGUUGCACUUGAGUACGAAACCCAACUAAUAUAUUGUUAUGAAAUAGGAAUUUCAAGAAAUACAGCGUAGUCGGCGUACGAACUGACAAUUUUCGAGUCGAGCGUGAAACCAAGGCGUCUCUACGCCAAGCUACUUCUCUGCAUGAGGAGGAGGAUAAAUAUUCUUAGACCAAAGUCACAAGAGUGAGAGUGAGAACACUAUGGAAGCUAUCCUGCUGAAUCGCCUGUCCACAUUUGCCACAAACAUCAAAGAGCAUCAAGUAAAAGCAUCAGAGCUAUGUGCGUGUCGUCCAUGGGGAAAAGAUCAGCUAGAGCAAGCUGCUAUUAUCGCUUCCAAACUACAAUCUAUACUGGGAAGAUUCCAAAGUGAUCUCUAUCAGUACUUCAACCUGUCCAAGGAUCCUAACGCCGAUGAGAUUUCAAAUGUAACUGCGAUACAGCUAGACGGUGAUGAAGUCUUAGCUGAACUUAAUGCAAGAAUUCAAGCCGAUAAGGAUACAAGACAAGUCAAAUCCGAUCCUACAAAAAAUAGGAGCAAGUUACCAGAGUUAGAUUUAAUAUCUUUUCAUGGUGACGUUCUAGAAUGGACUCAAUUCUGGGACCAAUUCAGUUCCAACAUUGAUCAAAGGAAUAUACGAGACGUUGAUAAGCUACUCUACCUUAAAGCAUCGUUAAAGGGUGAAGCCAAAACCAUAAUCGAUGGUUUAGAAACCACGAAUGACAAUUAUAAGAUUGCCAUAGAUACUCUGAGAGAGAGAUAUGGCAACAGAGUGCAGAUUGUUGAUGCCCACUAUUCUUCCUUAUAUAAGAUUAAGAAGGCCACAAAGCCAGAAGAUUGCAGAAAGACAUUAGAUGAACUCGAGAGACAUCUAAGAGUCUUACAGUCCCUAGGAGAGGAUACAAAUCAAAACCAUUUAAGAUUUCUUUUCAUGGAAAAGUUUCCGGAAGACAUCAUUUAUGAAAUGAAGCUAAAAUUGAAGAUUGAAUCCAUUGAGGAAAUAAGAAAACAACUAAACGCUAUCAUAUCAGCAAAAGAAGAUGCCAAGAGGAUAAGCGUUGAGACUAAAGAUAUGGAAACAACCUUUACUACUGAAACUUUACACAUUAGAGAUAAAUUUGUGAAGAAAUCCAACGAUAGGAGAAUCAAACACAGAGUUAUAAAUAUGAGGGAAAAACCAAAUAAAUUUAGAAAAAAUACAUCAACAUUUUCAAAUACAUUCACGCCUAAGAAAAGAACAUAUAAAGCUAAUAGUGAAUCGAAUAAUGCGCAGGCUUCUGAAAAACGAAGGAAAUUAGAAUGUAUAUUUUGCCAAGAGAAUCAUUACAAUGACGCUUGCACGAAAUUUAAGACCUUGGCUGAAAGGAAAGAUAAAAUACCUAACCGUUGUUACAUCUGUUUGAAAAUUGGCCAUAGACAAAAUGAAUGUAGAAUAACACACAUCUGUUAUCACUGUGGUGAAAGGAAUCAGCAUAAUAGAGCAUUGUGCCCUAAGAAAUUGCUCCAAGCAACAGAGACAUCAUCGUCACAAGAUUCCUGUGCCUGAAAGAUAUGUCUAAACUAGCUAUAGAAGAGAAUCUUAUACAUUACAGAUUUAUACGUGUACCCUUUGCAAUCAUAUCUGAACAUCACUUAUUCAGUACCAAUGAUGAAUGUUUAAAGAGUCUAGCCAGCGACAUCUAUGUACAUAAUAUCUGACAGGAUCGAAUGGAGUCAAAAAAGCGAUGAGUCUAUACAAAGACAGUAAAAUAAUAUAGAUUCCAACUCUAAAGAGCUUAAAUAUGUAGAUGAACAUUACAGAUGCUAGUACAGAUAAAACUGUAAUACUCUUGAUUUAAAAUGGGACUUAGAAAAGGACAUGAUUUGCCUAAGGAUAAAAACACUUGUAUGCUUAUACAAAGAGAGGUGUUCUGAAGACUUUAAGCAAGUUCAUCGCAUAUGCCUACCUAAGAACAUAGCGAAUAGCCAAGACGGCCAACUUCACUGUUUCAUAGAUUCGUCUAUGUCAGCGUAUGCAGCCGUAGUAUAUUUACUUCAAGGAGACAAGAUGAACUUCGUUAUUGGCAAGUCAAGAUUAAUACCCAUAAAAGAUCAAGAUAAUCUGAAGAUUCCUAAAUUGGUACCAUUAGGACUUAGGUAUCAGACUAAUCCAAUAUGUCAUGAAACAUCUACAGAUAUAGAAGGAACCAAGAAAAUAAGAACUUGACUGUAAGAUAUGUUUUGUCUGAAUACAACUCAGCUGAUGUAGCAACCAGGCAGACUAAUUCGACAGAAGAUUUCCAAUGAUACCUCAGCGGCCCAGAAUUUCUGACAGGAGAUUCUCACAAUUGGCCAUGCCAACUUGCCAACCCGCAAGAGAUGUUACUCUUCGAGCGGGGGAGGGUCUGUCGAACAACAUCAUACAGAAAGUUGGAUUGAACUGAGACGGAAAAAUCAGCUUAAUAAGAAUAUUGGCUUGAGCAAGACGCAUAAGUAUCAGAAGGAAACCGGACAAGUCUGUUCAGAAACAUAGGCAAGUGAGGAUAACAGAAUAAGCUCAGAAGUAUAUAGAGACAGUUUUACCUGGAUGAAGUUGAGGGUAAGGAGACACAUCUUACUCGCUAUCUAGGAUUGUUCAAAGAUGUCGACAGAAUCUUUAGAUGUAGCGGUUGAACACUGUCUGAAACGAACCUUACAGAAACGUCUACUUGACGAUAACCAAUUUACUGACCAUCAUCAAAGAAGUGGAAAGUUUUGUGAACACAAGACCCUUGACUUGUAUGAGUACUGGUUUGGAACAUGUAUUGAAACCAGCCGAUUUCUUUACACCAGGAAGAUGUCUCGACCUCCAGAUGUCAGUGAGUAAGGCACCAGUUACAGCCACUGCAACUAAACAACAGCUCAUAGAAGGAUGGAGACGAGGUGAGACUAUCAUGAAGGAAUACAGAGACAUAUUCAUGGAUCAGUACUCUUGGAAGUCUAAGGAAAUGUUACAAGCAUUCAAAUAAACUACUAAGAAUCAGAUCUCACGAUGAACCAUGUGUUGAUGACAGUACAUUUACAAGGUCUAUAAUGCAGUUGUACCCUUUAGGUCACCGAUCUGAAGUCGAGUCGUUCAACAAGUGAGAGAAUGGUAGUUGAGGAAGAUUCGGACUUACCAGUGAUACAAAGGCAAGAUUAUUCCAAUAUUUAAACGGAUGGAAACAUGGAUAAGACUGAUAACAUGGACACGGACAUGGCACAUAGCAUAAAUAGAACGAAGGAGAAAACUGAUGUUACUAAUGAAAAAGUAGAUACAGUAAAAUUUGAUAUGGAUUUGAGACUUAAGGACUACCCUAACUUGAGGCUUCGCAAUGCAAUAGCUUCGCUUCGGUGGGUGUGUCGCGGACUUCCGCGAUGUAUUAUAUAUAUUACACCUGGCAACAGCUUCUAUAUUGUCUAUGGUGGUGGCAUAUGAUCAGGUUAGAGCUGGCAGCUACACUUGGAGCUCAUGAACGGGGAAAAAUACUCCAUACACAUCAUUAUAAUAAGGUAUGAACCACAUUAUUCACAGAUUAACUGACCUCUCUCCCAAUAAUAUAAGCGAAGCAAAAAUGAGUUCUUUAAGAUGCAAGUAUACAUGUCAAGUUGAUAGUAGACUCAUAUUUCAUUUAAUAAGGUCUUAGAAUCUUAAGUAACUUGAAUUCAGGCAAUCUAUUUAUUUUAGC